CUUCCCCAGAAGGCUGCAUCGUCUCAGGAUCGCCAUUUUAUGUGUUUGGCUCUGAGACUGGGACGGUGGGUGCGUGCGGUGCAAACUAGAGAGCGUAUUCCGUGCAUUAUCUGCAAGAUGUUACCCAAAUACUUUGCGCCCGACAUGUACAAGUAACGACAGGUGUCGGAGUGAGUGAUCGGGCAGCGAAGGCUCGGGCCGAAAUGGUCCCGGAAUAGUGAGCUGUGCGUGAGUGUGUUUUCAUCGAGUAGUGCGUCGCACUGGCUUUUCACUGCUGUCACCGUUUGUUUAAUACCUGUGCCAUUCGGGAAAGUCGGCUUUGGGUCAAAUUACGGACGGCCUCUGGAUUCCUCACGACACCCCCUUGUCAACAUCUACGAUGAGUUCGCGCAACAUACCCUCAGACAAGAUAAAUCUACGCCUCAUUCUUGUCAGCGGUAAGACAAAAGAGUUCCUAUUCAGUCCAUGCGACUCCGCGGGGGACAUAGCACACCAUGUGUUUGAAAACUGGCCGGAAGACUGGGCGGAAGAGGCAGUCGCCAAAGCGGAGAUCCUGCGGCUAAUCUACCAGGGCCGUUUUCUGCACAGCAAUGUCACGCUCGGUGCUCUUGGGCUUCCUUUCGGGAAAACCACGGUGAUGCAUCUGGUCCCACGAGAGAAUCUUCCCGAGCCUAAUUCUCAAGAUCAGAGGCAAAAAAGUAAAGGUGGCGGAAGUAGUUGCUGCUCGGCUUCCUGUCGCAUACUUUAAAACCUCGCCGGCUGCCCUGGAUCACGCGGGGGUCGUUCAGUGCGAACCAGCGCACGCGUUCAGGCUGAGCCAUGGUUUCUAAGGUUUUAUGCUGGUGUAUAAUUGUUAGUGGCUGAGCUCGUGAGCAGUGUAGCAUACGAAAAAAAAAAAAAAGUAAAAAAGGAAAAAGAAAAUAUGAGAUCGCACCCGUUUGUCGCUGAUCGCGCGAAAGAUUUCGUUGGUUUGCCCCGCGGCGCAUCCGAAUAAACGAGAGAGAGAGAGAGAAAAAAAAGGAAACGUUCGCCCCGCCGUCCCAGGGCGAACGAUUCGUCGCAUCCUUGUGUCUGUUUCUUUUUUUUCUCAAUUUUUUUUUCUUUUUUCCUCUCUUUAGACGAAAUUCGUCGAGGCAGGAUUCGGAAUCGUUGCGCGUUUAAUCCUCCGGGGAAAGCAAGAGAGAGAGAGAUAACCGACGCGCCAGAGCCAAAUCACACAUAGAGACGCAUACACACGCGCGCGCGCGCGCGCAGCUGUCCGUUUUGUUUCGGUGGUGACGCGUGCACUUGUUCCGCGGUGUGUGCGCGCUGGAAAUCUAUUUAUGACCUGUCAUCGCGACAGGAGAUGAUCAUUGUAGUCUGCCGAUGACCUGCUGGUGUUCGCCGCGCGGGCGUCGGGACGCGUGACGUCCGGACGCGACCGCCGAUCCCUCUGAUUCUACGGGCGAACAAGUUGCGCGUUUCGACGGGCAAAGAACGCGCGCGCGGACACGCGCCGAUCUCCAGACAUUAAAAAUUAGUAAGAUAAAUUUUUUCGAAAGAGAUUAGGAAGUAGAGCCUUCGAAAAAGGGGGGGAGGGGACACCGCUCUCUUGAACGGCGCUACAAUGCUUAGAAACUCAACCACUAUCCGACUACCGCAGCGUUUAAUAGUAAUUACGUAGAACGGGAUCGUGUGUGUAUGUUUUGCGUAAGUAUGAGUGUGUGCGUCGCGUUUGAAAGGUCGAGGAGAGAGUAAAUUUAUGUUGUGAUAUGCAGGUAGUGAAUAUAUUAUAUAUAUACAUACUAUUAUUAAAAUUAUAUAUUAUAUAUAUAUAUACAUAUAUAUAUAUAUAUAGGUAUAAAUAUAAAUAUAUAUAUAUAUAUAUAAUGGUAUGAGACAUGUUGACACACAGUUAAACUCUCAUACAAUAGACUUUAUUAUCAUGAAUUUAAAGUAAUAUUAUGACGCCACUUUGAGAGUUUAGUAUUCUGGAUAAGAUUACAGAGGGAAAAGAACAUUGGAUCUCUAAUGGUAGUUAUGAUUAAAUAAAAACUCAAAUAUAUUUCCUGUUAGAUAUCCUUCUCCCCCCGCUCACCACCUUAUCCCGUUUCUCUCCCUUAACCCUUGUACGCCCCUUACUCGACACCUUCGAUUUCCCUUUAUUCUGUUUCCACCCGUCCAUUUUUAAUCGAUCGGGCCUAGAACGUCAUUCAUAGACCCAACGAUCAAUUCACGUUAUAGGCGAGAAUACCCAUUCGAGUAUUGAUUAUUAUAUAGGUUAGGUGCAACCAAACCGUUUAUGAUAAGUUGUAGCCUAUUCUAUACUCAAUCUAUGCUACUACUGUAAUGUAACUAUGACUCUUACCGACGCAUAACACGUGUAUAUAUAUAUAAUGUUCUUACGUAGUGAAACUCAUCGGAAUUAACAAUGAUCGUGUUAUUUAAUUUAUUCCGUACAAACCUCAGCAGACAUCGUUUCGCACAUUCGUUGUGCCAUCGCGGUGUCUGCUCGACUCAUAAACCUGUGCCGCACGAUACGAAUUUUUCUUCUUUUUUUUUCUUUUUUUCUUUUCUUUCUUUUAUUCUUGCGAAGAUUCACGGAUCUCGGUGGUCUCGCCGAAAUUCCGCGAACCGAGCAUGCGUUUCUUAGCGAUCGAUUAAUAUUUUCCAGAAACAGAAAGAAAAAUCAAGUGAGAACAGAGUUCUUGUAAAUUCGUAUCCCGUGGAAUCGAUUCUUACGCUGUGAAAAGCCUUUACCAUGAUUCUUCAUGGCGAUGAGAACCGUUCGGAGUUGUUCUCGAAUUUUAAUGAAAUUUAAAACGAUGCGUGAUGUUGGACGAUCACUCGAGGAGGUGCAAAAUAAAGAAUUGUGUUAAAAAACGAUAUUUAUUGGCUACAGUUUUGCGUACAAAUCUUUCGAAUGAAAUUAAUCCCUUACUAUGUGAAUUUCUUUUCUUUCUUUCUUUUCAAGCGUAAAGAAAGUGCUAUCGUUCCUGCACGUUAACGUUACGCUGCAGAACUGUUUCAACAGCUUGAACGUUAAGAGGUAAUUUCUCGUGAAAAAAUUAAUCGAUGUGGGAUAAAAUUUCCUGCCACGCGACGUCGUUUUCGAGAGAAUCCGUUUUGAAGCACAGUAGAGGUACGAUACCUAUCAUAGACGUAGUAAUUUGUAUCGCGAAAUGGACUAUUUUCUUAACAAAACCAUCGUCACUAUUGUACGAUCGAAAAGAGAGAACCGUUCGAGCGCUUGUUAAAAUUACGUUAACAAAUUCGCACGUCUCCCAUUUACCAAUAUUUUUAAAUUAAAUUUAUCCGAAUUAAAUUAAGCAACGACACAUGCACGACUGCAUGCAUUCCUCGCACAAAGUCGUUAACUGGGGCACGCGUGCCCGCGCAAAUUUUCAAAUUCGAUUAUCUCGAAAACGAAGACACGUACAAAUAGAAAUUUUAUUGUACAUUUUUCAUUUGGUUUUUCCAGAGGAACCGUCUGUGAUCAGGUUGUACCACGUAUGCGUUCCGAGACCUAAAAUGUCCUGAAAUCAUUCAAGUAUACGACAUAUACAUAUAAUAUAUAUAUAGGCGCUAUAUUUUCUUCGAACGAUGGAUGUUAAAAAAUUAAACUAAAAACCUGAUGCGUGUCUUGUACGGCACGCCAAUACCAGUAAGGGGUUAAUUCUACGAAACACGUGCAUUCGUUUGCGCAUUAAUAUUAUUUAAAGCAUCGAGGUACAAUCGUUUAAACAAUUGGUGCAUCGCGUGGCAUGCUGAACAAUGGGUUUAUGGGGAUGGCUAACACUUAUGAUUUAGCAUUUUAUUAUAUCUCCGUCAGAUUUGCGAUCGGUUGUUAAUCGAUGUUUCGCAAAACACCGCCGCCUUCGUUUGUUCAUGUAUUUCUUUUUCUACUCACUUUCGUUCUAUUAAUUUUUGUUUCGUCUUGUUUUUUUUUUUUUAUUUCUAAUCAAGUAACGUUAAGACAUAGAUUAUCUCUAAAUUGUUUAGUAAGUAAGUUUUAAAAAAAGUUACGAAUAAACACAUCACACGAAUACAUGGACUAUCAGAGGAAAACCACGCAAUGUCUAGCUGGACGCUAUGCGACGAGGAUCGGUGUUCGAUCGACGAUCGAUCGGAACCGAUCGUUCGCCGGAAUCGAAGAUUUCCGUUUGUCGUCCGGCCACGAGGUAAAAGUCUCGCGUGUACGCGAAGAGAAAAGCCGCUCUGUAAUAAGCUUGUUGUACAGUUCCUUUGACGUUACAAUAUUACUUUAAAAUCUUGGAAGGAACGGGGGGGGGAAAAAAGCGCGCGAAAUGAAAAAAAAACCGUAACCGUCGUCGGAGACUCCCGUUCGACGCGCAACGACGAAUGUUUCCUUCGUUGGGUGAAUCGUUCCGAAAUUUUACCUCGUCUGUCGCGAGUUAUUUUGAAUCGUUGUAACGAAAUAAAGAAAAGAAAAAAAAUGAAAUACUUUGUAUAAAAAUGUUCCGUGUAGAGAGCGUUCGAUGCCACCUUGUUCGAGAAAUAUUUCUAACGGUAGUCCACAUCUCUUUCUCUCUAUUUCUCUUUCUCUGUGUCUAUAUUAAUAUGUCCGUUGUUCUUUCUUUCUUUUUUUUUUUUUUUUCUUAUUCUUUUCGUCGUACCUUAUACGAAUAUGAUCUCACGAGAACGCUAUGAGAACAUGUUGCACCCACGAGCUGUAGCAAUGAAAAACAGAGAAUUAGCGCCACGGAACUUCCGAGAGAUCAUAAUGGAGAAAAGGGAUUAAUUUUAACAUAGUGUAUUAUAUAAACUAUACGCAUCUGACUCUCUUUGUUGUUUAAACGAGUAAACGAAAAAGAAAAAAAAUGACGAAAAACUUGAAUAACAAUAAAAUGGUAUUCUUAAAUACAGAGAAAAAAACGAACGAACACACAGUCUACGAGGAAUAUACUCACACUACAUCAUAUCAAAAUUUUAGCGGAUAAGAAUCAAAUGAUAGAUUUAUUUGUACACGCGGCUCGAGGGGAAAAUCGUACAACAACGUACAAAAUUUGAUUCUUCAUCGACGUUCACGUGUAUCUAUAAAUGAAUUACAGAUUUAGCGUGUAUAAUACAAAAGGUAUCGAGGAUCGUGGAUGCGAUUCUUGUUACGCUUUUAACGUAAAAUGAGCUGAUUACAGGUUUUUAUUGCGUAUAUGAAAAAUUUGAAAUGGUAUGAGAGUCGAGAUCCUCGACGCGUAGAUCUCUCCUAUUGUGAAUGUGGUUCGUUUUGAAACUCGUGUACAAUGUUCUGUUGUUUGUGUUCAAUUAUAAUAUUGUUUCUGUUAAAGAAGAAAGAAGUCCCGUCGAGGACGAAGAAUAAACUGUGCCGUCUGAAAAUUCCCUUAUUUUUGCAAAUCGAAAACUGUAGUCAAUUCAGAUUACCUUGAAAAGUUCGAUCUUACGCACCCAUUGGCUGGAGUUGGGCAGUGAUCGAUUACUAUUUAAUCAUUAAUUCAACGAUUUAUUAACGGAAAUAAAAUAAUCGUUUUAAACGUAAAUAAAGGUUACUCCAAUUUUUGCUAUAGUCGGGAUAAAAUGAAUUAGUCGCUCAGGGUCAUUUUACGGCAACCUUCCAUCAUUCUUCUGUCUCGUGUCAUUGUACUAACAUCCACGCAGAGUGCUCGAGCAAACACAACAAUCAUAAUUAUCAAUCAUUAGUUUAAUUACAGUUGUCCAACUCUGCCAUUGGCAUUCUUUAUCCUGAUAGAUUACUUCGAUCGCUAGUCAAAGAGAUUUGUCACGAGAAAAAUGAUAAUCUUAUCUCAGCUAACAAACACGACAAAUCAUCCAAAUGCAUCAAAUAAAUGUAAAAAUCAAAAUGACAAACAAUCAUUCGCAACAAAAGCCACAGAUAAUUUUUUAAUCCCCGGUACGGAAUUGCCUAAAAUAAACAAACUAAUACUUCGCUCGUAAACACAUUCCAAAUUGAUACAGAUCCCCACGCCCCUGUCCCGAUCUCCCUUCCAACCCACCCCUCCCCCCUUUUAAUUAAUUAACCGCGCGAGUCGCAUUAAAAAAGAAUUAAAUAUCGUUAAAAAAAUUCCGUGUUGUUCGAUGUUGAAGUUCAAACGCGAUCGUAGAACGUGUAUGGUGUAAUAUCGGUUGUAACAUGCCUGACAAAUUUAGAACUCGCGAAACUCGUGUUACACGUGCAAUCUGUAUUGACGUCGAGAUUCACGAUUUCAAAAAAAAAAAAAAAAUAAAAAAAAAAAAAGAAGA